AUGUUUAGGAAAGGAGUUCGAUCUUUUACCACUACAGCCUUUAGGGCUGCCGAGACUGCAGCUCAAAUGGAGGCUAGGAACACCUAUGGUAUUGGGGUUUCUAAAGCACAAGGUGUUGUCAAGGGCCUUACUGGAGCCAUUGGAAACACUCCAUUAAUUCGCUUAAACCGCCUGUCCGAACAGACUGGUUGCAACAUCCUCGGAAAAGCCGAGUUCCAAAACCCAGGAGGGAGUGUCAAGGACCGCGCUGCAUUGUUCGUCGUUAAGGAUGCUGAAGAGAGAGGCCUACUUAAGCCAGGCGGCACCGUUGUUGAAGGAACCGCAGGAAAUACCGGGAUUGGCUUGGCUCAUGUUUGUCGGUCGAGGGGAUACAAGCUCGUUAUUUACAUGCCAAACACUCAAUCGCAGGGGAAAAUCGAUCUGCUAAGACUCCUUGGUGCAGAAGUCUACCCUGUACCCGCCGUCGCCUUUGACAACCCGGAGAACUACAAUCACCAAGCCCGGAGACAUGCCGAAUCCCUCGAAAACGCCGUCUGGACGAACCAGUUCGAUAAUAUAGCCAAUCGAAGGGCCCAUAUUGAGACCACUGGCCCCGAAAUCUGGGCCCAAACGGAAGGAAAAGUAGAUGCUUUUACCUGUGCGACUGGGACGGGUGGCACAUUGGCGGGAGUGACCAGGUAUCUAAAGACCGUGAGUGAUGGCAAAGUGAAGUCCUUCCUUGCCGAUCCUCCAGGGAGCGUGCUGUACAGCUACAUUACAAGUGGGGGAACCCUUAUCGAGCGCACUGGUAGCAGUAUAACGGAAGGAAUUGGCCAGGGCCGUGUAACGGACAACUUACAGCCUGAUAUUGAUCUUGUUGACGGAGCUCUCAAUAUCAGUGAUGAGAAGAGUAUUGAAAUGGUGUACCGAUGCCUCGAUGAAGAAGGUUUAUACUUGGGUGCAAGCUCGGCCCUUAAUGUUGUUGCAGCAAAGGAGGUUGCGGAAAAGCUCGGAAAGGGACAUACUGUCGUUACAAUGCUCUGUGACGGAGCCUAUCGAUACGCGGACCGAUUGUUUUCUGACGAAUGGUUGAAAUCCAAAAAUCUUAGAGGCGCGAUACCCCAGCAUCUUGAGAAGUAUAUUGUGCUGCCUUAA